UAUGACAGCAUAAAGUAAUUACUUUUGUACAGCACCUGUCAAAAGUCACAGAUAAAGGCUGCUCAAAUGAGCAUUGAGAUGGUGCCCAUCUCCUGUUUAUAGCUCUGAAGCAAUGCUGUAAAUUCUACAUUCUUCUGGCCGGGGCAAGUCUAUCCAUGGGACAUACACCUGUUGACUUCCCAACAAAGUGGUACUCACGGUAUUGACCUCUGUACGGAUGACGGGCUGAGUCAACCCCCCAAACCGGGAUUUGAACUCGUAUAACUUUCUGAUUGCGAGCCCGCCCGCUCUACCGCUGAGCCAGCUGGCUGUCACAUCUUCACGGACGUGACAACAACAGCAGCAGCAGCACCACCAAGUAUCCACCUAUGCAGAGUUCGUCUAAAGCGGGACGUGUCCCUUAGAGCGGACCCGGGAGCGGCGAAGUUCACGCCGCCUGUGAUGUCUGCGCCGACGUCGACGCUCUCGUGUUCCCUGUGAAGGACGCGCCACCCACCACGGCUCAGGCGCGACCCGCAGCCGCGAUGAGGAACGCGUGGCUGCGCGCCUUCGUGCUGGCGUGCGUGCUCGUGCUGCUGCUGCUGCUGUUCUACGUCGCGCAGGACCAGAGCUGGGCAGAGUCCUGCGGACGAGGGCACAGCGAGUGGAUGGCACGUUCGCGCUGUUACCUGGCGCCCCUCGUGACCUGGGGUCGGAUUCUCCCGCCAAAGCCAACGGGCACGGACGCGGCGGCCGCCCCAACCGCGGAGCCCGCGGCGGCACCGGCGACCCCGACGGCGUGGGACCCGGACCGCGGCGAGAGCGUCGACGCGACGGUCAAGGAGUGGCUCGGCGCGAAGGGGAAGAGCGGCGACGACGACGACGAUUACCGUCCGGAGGCGAACAAAUUCGCGGGGAACUGCGGACGGAGCCUGCGCGGGGUGACUGCUGCGGACCAGACCCUCAAGUCCGUAUUCCGCUUCGACCUUCCUGUGCUUCUGUGGAGCGACCACAUCACCGCGAGCGAAUUCGAGCGCCUGAGCUAUUACCGCACUCCCUACGGCUGGAAAGGGAUGAACUGGACUGACUUGGAGGAGGCGAAGGAGGCCCUGGGGCGGCCCGAGCACCGUGAGAUGUUCGAAGUGGCGACGCGCGAGCGCGGGCCGACGGCGGCGUGCGUGCGCUGCGCCGUCGUGGGGAACGGAGGCAUCCUUGCCGGCUCGGGCAAGGGCGAGGAGAUCGACGCUCAUGACUACGUGUUCAGGGUGAACGGCGCCAUAACAGCCCAUUUUGAAAAGGACGUUGGAACAAGAACCUCGUUCUACUUUUUUUCGACAAACACCUUGGCAAACUCGAUGGCCGCAUACAAGCAUUUCGGGUUCCAACACCCGCCGUGGUCAGAGGAAACCAGGUACGUGUUUGUGCCAUGCGGGCAUCAGGAUUAUUACAUGGUGACGGCCGCUGUGAAGGGUGUGACCGUGUCCAAGGGCCCUAAUAAAUACCAAAGUCCUCACACGUAUUUUGGGAAAAAAGAUGUAAAGAAAAAAGUGAAAAUGCUCCAUCCUGAUUUUCUGCGAUACCUGAAAAACAACUUCCUCCCAUCCACACUUUUACAAACUCGAUUCAAGGAUAUUUACAGACCAAGUACUGGUGCCAUUGCUCUGCUCACUGCCCUGCACACCUGCGAUCAGGUUUCUGCAUACGGAUUCAUCACCAGCAACUACAACAGUUUUCCAGACCACUACUUCGAUCCAGUCCAGCAGCUUGUCUUCUAUGCCAACCAUGACAUGAACUUCGAGAGGAUGUUGUGGAAGAUGCUUCGAAAGCUCAGGGUCAUGACCCUGUAUCAGCGUCGGAACGCCAAGGACUGAGAUGGCCUCUGCAGUAGUCAGGAAGAGCGUCGUCCUAGCUGGUAGAAUUUUAGAAAAACAUGAAAGAGUUCUUGAAAUAGGUUAAAGCAGAAUCAGUGCAGGUUACUGAAGGUCGUGAGACUCUUUAUAUAAACUAUAAACUAUUUUUAUUUUAUUUUACCAGGUAAGGCCUACUGAGCUAUGAAGCUCUUUUUCAGAAGCAACCUGGCCACAAAUGAAAGCGCAACAAAGUGGCUCCC